CUAGGCUUGGGUUUUCUUGCCGUACUUGAGCAACACUUCCAAAUAAGGAUGGCCCACGUGUCCGUUUGCUGUGAAGCCGUCGUUGUUUAAAGAGUUCCUGUACAGCUCCAUAGCCUUCUCAUCAUUGCCUUGCUUGAACAAAUACUCUACGAAUACUGAGUUCAGUACUAUGAUUCUGUUGCGUAUGGAACACGUCUUGAAGUCGUCCCAAAUAUUACAGCAGAAAGUUAAAAUGGGCCCGUUCCUCCAAAUAUUGGCCCAGGCCCAUUACUCUCUCCCGCAAUUAAACCUCAUUGACCGGAAAGUACCGCCGAAUACUAACAGAAAAGAUGCAGCCAUCCUUCUCGUUGAUCCAGACGGUGGCGAUCUCCGGCGUAUUCUCCGCCGUCUCUUGCUGGUAUGGAUUCAUGUUCGGUAGAGAAUCGGCGAGAAAAGAGCUAGGCGGUUUGAUCGAAGAACUCCGUCGCGGAGGUCCCGAUUCUUCUUCCCCUCCCAACUCGUGAGUUAACUGCUCACAAUUCCACCAGACACUUCCAUUAGAAGAAAGAAUCUCUUAGUUUUGAUUUCGAUUGCUCCAUUUACGUUUUCCAGAAUGUUGAUUUGAUGAUAGUUUCUUUCAUGUUCUGAGCAAUUAUUGUAUGUGUUAUCAAAGUAUUCAUUGUCUACACAAGAAAUGCAUAUUGAUAAGAUUGUAAAACAAAACAAAAAUGCAUAUUAUUUGAGAUGAGAGUUUGAAGAUGAAAAGUUCAUAAGCA